GUUAAAAAGGGUGACAUAUCUGGGGUUACUGAUAAUUCUGAUGGUGAGCUGGACAUGUCGAAGUCAUCUGAAAUUCACAAUUUUGAAGUUGAAGAAAGCAAAUAUCCUGCUAUACCUCCAGAGUGGUGGGGCCACAAGUAUGGUUUUGUCUCUGGUGGAUUUCUAGGAGCUGAAUUGAAAAAGAAAAGGUCUAUGGCAUCUGAAACUGUAAAAAAUAGGGCAGAGAGAACUGCUUUUCAUGAAGAGGAUCAAGAAAACCUUUAUAAUCUAGUCCAGGAGAAAUCCACAACGGGGAAGCAAGGACUAGGGAUCAAGGACAGACCCAAGAAAGUAGCUGGUUGCUAUUAUCAGGGGAAAAAGACAUCCUUUGAUGAUAGUGAUGAAGAUUCUGCUGACACGGAUUCCCUUGAAAAACAAGCCCAUAAUGACUUGGUUAACGUAGAGAAGAUAGUUGAAUGCAAAGUGAAGCUGAAAAAGUUGUGCAAAAAGAUUUUACUGCAGGUGCCUGGAGAAUCAUUGAAACUGAAACAGCUCAAAGUUGUUAUUGAUGAACAUUCAUCUUCGGUUUUGUCUGGCUUUUCUUCAAAAAGAGAGGCUAUUGCUUACUUACGGCAAAAGCUGACAGGUAGUAGGAAGUUCUGUAUCGAAGGCAAAAGAGUGCGAUUGGCAUCAAAGAAAAGCUGAUUUUUGAUACGUCUUUUUCUUGUCCUUUCUAAUUCAUUAUAUUUAUUGGGAGAGAAAGGGUUUAGGUAGCUUUUCAUUGGUUAGUUUUAUCAACGUAUGUUGUAUUAAUUAAAUAGCAUUUUAUGAAAUUUACUUUACAUUUUGUUGCGAGUUUAAAAAUGUGUAAGCGAGAGCGUGUGUAACCGGAUUCCAUAGUAAAAUAAUGUAUGCACUCAUCAUAGUGAUGGAUGAACAUGGAAAUGUCAACCGGGUUCCUUUUGUUUCGUAGUAAAUUUUUAUUUGUCUA